CCGUCCCUUUCCUCCCUCCGGUAGCGCUAGUAAAACCAACCGUCAAACUCACACAGACAUGGCUGACCAACUAACAGAAGAGCAGAUUGCUGAAUUCAAGGAGGCCUUCUCCCUGUUUGAUAAAGAUGGAGAUGGUACCAUCACCACCAAAGAACUGGGCACCGUCAUGAGGUCACUAGGUCAAAACCCAACUGAGGCUGAACUCCAGGACAUGAUAAACGAGGUGGACGCUGAUGGCAACGGUACCAUUGACUUCCCCGAGUUCCUUACAAUGAUGGCAAGGAAGAUGAAGGACACGGACAGUGAGGAGGAGAUCAGGGAGGCGUUCAGAGACUUCAAUAAGGACGGUCAUGGGCGUGAGUCCAACGCCGACUGGUCGUCGUCCACCACUGACCGGAAAGCUCUACAGUGGAGGAAGCAACUCAGCCUCACAUCCUCCAGAAGAAACCUCGUCAUCACUCUGCGACCUGACCAACGCAGCUCACCUAACGCUGCAUCUUGUGCUGAUUUCCUCAUCUCUCCUUGGGUGGAGACGAAGCCUCCCCGGUACCAGUACAAGAUCUGCUACAUGGACAGUGCUCCCAAAGUUGAAAUCACAACAUGGAAUGGGAAUAUGCAGGGUACGACCGAGACCGAGAUCCUGCAGGACGAGUAA